CAGAGAAGGAACACUUCAUCCGGCCCUUCCUCGUGCAAGCAUCUCUUCGGAACUCUCAACCAGACAACUCAAGAUGAACGACGAAGGUAAACUUUUCAUCGGAGGCCUCAGCUUCGACACCAAUGAGGAAUCCUUGAUGGCGGCUUUUGCCAAGUAUGGAAACAUCGCCAAAGCUGAUGUUAUCCGCGACAAAGACACUGGGCGGUCCCGUGGUUUCGGCUUCGUCAAGUUUGAUAAUGCCGACGAGGCCAAGGAUGCGUUGGAGGGAAUGAACGGAACCAGCCUGGAUGGACGGUCCAUUCGAGUGGAUGAAGCCGGCAGAGGCAGAUCCGGUGGUUCCAGAGGCGGCUCCAGAGGCAGCUUCGGCGGCGGCGGUGGCGGCGGCGGCUAUGGCGAUAGAAGCUACAACAACGAGGGCGGCUAUGGCGGCGGAGAAAGGAGCUACGGUGGUGGAAGCGGCGGCGGCGGUGGAUACAGAAGCGGCGGCGGCGGUGGUGGCGGAUAUGGCGGCGGCAGCGGUGGCGGAUACAGAGAUAACCGGGGCCAGGGAAGCUAUGGCGACCAAUACGACAACUAGGCCCAAGACCAAAAAUCUCCCUGACUGAAGAUCGUCACUUGGCUGGCUGUAUUUAAAAGAUGCGCCACUCAAGAAAAAUGUCCACGUGUUAUUGGUGACCUUAUUUUUUUAUAGUAUGUUCUGUUCUGUUAGCAGCUUAAGCAUAUUUAAACCAUGUUUAAAGUUACUUUAAGAUGUUCCCGCGUUGACGGGGCGUCUUAAUAUCUUGCUAUAAAUAAAUCUUGCUUUUUCAACAUAUAUUCACGUGGCUUUCUCUUCGGGGAUUUUUUUUGUACAUGCAUUCCUUAGUGAUUCUAGCGCGAUUCCACAUCCUUGAGUGUUCUAUAUUGCGGAGGGGACCGUGUACUAGCAGUUUCUUUCCAAGCAAAUUCAUUUCAGAAAGUAU